AUGGAUUCAACAGAUAACUUUUUGUACGAAGGACUCCACACGUCAGACUUAGACAUACCCAAUGAUAACGAGCUGUUAGCUAUGGAGAUGCAGGUCGAAAUCGAAAACAUGAGAAAUGACUUCAUCGCGGAGCUCGCCGAAGUUAAGCAGCAGAUAGCAGUGAUGCAGAAGAGGUUCACUGUCAGUAUGUGGAUUUUGAUUGUUGGAGUGGGUGAUGUUUUAAGCUGGGUUUAUCGAUCCUCGAAGUACUAUGGGUUCAUGGACCACCGAAAUCGUUUUGUGGAUGUCGUAUUAGAUACUAACGUUAGUUGGGUUUUUCUUGAUUUCGGUGGUAAUGGUGUUAGUGGGUUUAGUAUAUGUACUGUUGGUUAG